GAACGCGCCCCCUACCCGUAGAAGGUGAGCGAAUGUCUGGAGGAGAGGACUCGAGAACGCGACCGCCGGGAUCGAUCGGAUUAAACUCGAUUUGAGUGAAAUUAACACAAAGGAGAGAGGCAGAGUCGGCGAGGAAGGGAUAACGACACGCCGAACAUUAUACAAUAACUUGAAUUUAUUUAUAAACGGACCAGAAAGGAAUUUACUGGAGAUAGCUACUACGGGAGUUAAUUUGCGAAACCCUGAACUGACCAAGCUUGUUGGGUCCCAUAACCUGGCUUUGCCUGACACUGCGUUCUCAUUCUCUGAGAGAAUUAGGGAAAUAUGGAGUGACAUGCUGCAGAUUAGUUAGCGGAUUAGUGGCUUUGAGGACAUCCACCUCUGUGUGAGCGCAGAUUCCCUAGAGCUCCGCUCCCCCCAGCCGCCAGGUCCCCAGCAGCCAUGGCCGACCCAGGGAUGUUGAGCCUGUUCGGGGACGACGCCAACCUGUUCUCGGACGGGCUGGAGGGCCUGGGGGACUGUGGCUUCCCCCAGGGCCAGCCCAACCCCAUGGGGCAGCAGAUGCCCCACGAGCACCAGGGCUACGGUUCGCUCUCCUCCAACUCCCUCCACCACCCCUCGCAGGCCGUUCCCGGACAGCCCAAGAUGGGCCACCCCUACGACCCCUUCGCGGGCUACGAGCAGCAGCAGGGCCGGAUGUUGGGCAACGGGCCCGUCGUCAACGGCAUGGCGUCCCCACAUUCGCGCUACCACAACAAUCCCCAACAACCUGGAGGGGGGCACCACGUCUAUUCUGGAGCGCAGGGUGACGGGCGCGGCCAGCCAUUCCCUGACGGAGGAGCCGUGUGGGGCCCCCAGGCUGGCCCCGGGCAGGGAAGGCCUCCAUUCCAGCAGCAACAGGCUGCAACCCAGGCCCCCUCCCACCAACAACACGGCCCCUCAGGGCCCCAGGGCCACGGCCACCAGAUGGGCCCCUACAUGGGCCGGGCCGACUAUGCGACCAUGCAGGGCCACUCUGGCCAGACUCAGACGCCUCCUAGGAUCAACCACUUCCCCCAAGGUAUGGGCCAGGAGCCCAGCCACUACAUGGGCCACGUGGGGCUCCAGCAGAACCCCAGCAUGACAGGUCCCCCCAUGCGCCACCCAGCCCAGCAACAGCAGCCUCCACAGCAGCAACCGCCUGCCCAGCAGUUCCUCCACCGGCCCAGCCAGGAACCCAUGGCCUCCCACACCCCUCGCUUCCCCCACAGCCCCUCUCGCCAGCAGCAGGUCCUGGCCGGGAGGCCCCACCAGAACAUGGGGUUCAACAUGCACGGCCAGGCAGCCCCCCCUGGUGCUGUAACCAGCUCAGGGCAAUACCCCCCCUACCCCCAGUACGGCAACCUUAAUCAGGGAUUAGCCGGCAGUGCAGGGAUGAGUCCCGUCAUGAGCCUCAGCAGCACCAGCAACAACAGUAACGCCAUGGGGCCAGCCCAGGUCCAGCGCUACCCCAAUGUAGGUGGACCCCCACAGCGAUACACGGGCCCCCAGGUACACCAGCAGCCUGUCCACCCCAACCAAAUCACCGGACAGCCUAUGCACCCUUCCCAGCCCAUGCACCCCUCCCAGGCACAGGCCACCCCCCAACAGCAACCCCACCUCCCCACACCGCCUCAGGGAUCUUACGGUUCUCCCCCCUCCAUGUCCCCAAUGAGGGGCAUGGGAACCCCUGGGGGCACACCUCCGCCUCAACAGGGCCGCCCCCCUAGUGCCGGCCUGGCUCCAGAGGUAGGGGGCUACCCAGGAGUCCCACUCCAGCCCCCUAACCCCAUGGCCCCCCCCCAGAGAAACCCCACUCCCAUGGGUGCUCAGCAGCCACACCCCCACCUGCAACACCACACUCAGCACCCUUCCCACCCGCAGCAGCACCCCCACAUGCCCCCGGGCCAGCAGCUCUACCCCGGCAUGCCCCCUAACCAGCGAGUCCCACUCGGGCAGGUGAGACCUCCAGGUCCCAUGGCCCACGGUGAGCCUCCAGGACCCCAGGACCAGCGGCUGCUCCCUCUCCAGCAACAGGCUCCCAGACCUGGGCAGCAGCUGCAGCCUCCUCCCAUGGCCUUCCAGCAGCUGCAGCAGGUGCACCCCGCCCAGGCUGCUUUGCCCCCGUCGCAGGCCCAGACGCACCUGGCCGGCCCCCACCACCAGAACUCUCCACCCAACCAGCCACCCUGGGCGCCACCGCCACACCAGUCGCCUCCAACCCCCCAGAAAGUGCCUCACAUUCAGUAUUCCCCUUCAGAUCCAUCAUCCGCGACGACAGCUUCCGACAGGACAUCCGCCUCGGGGGCAAACCUCCAGCCAGCCUACCGUGACCAGCAGCCCACGGACACAGAGCAGAAGCCAAAAAAGAAGAAGAAGAAGAAGAAAGCCAACGUGAUUGAGGGGGAGAAGGGAGAAGAGGGGGAGAAGGGAGAAGAGGGGAAGAAGCAGAAGAAGAAGAAGAAGAAGAAAGGAGUUAUGGAGGAAGGUGACGAGGAGAGGAAGCCGGGUGUCGGGGACAGCUGCGGGGCUGAGGUUGACCCUCUGACAGGCGCCCUGGAGGAAUCGCCAGCGGCGGAUAAGAAGACCAAGAAGAAACCAAAGGAGAAGGAGCCUAAAGAACCCAAGCCACCCAAGACUCCGAAAAUGCCCAAGACCCCCAAAGAUCCCAAGGAGAAGAAGGCCAGGAGCACCACCCCUAAGGCCAAGAUUCCCAAGAAGCACAGCAGCACUAAGAAGGUGGAGGCAGCGGAGGGCGGUGGCAGCAGUGUGAAGGAGACCAAGAGGAAGAGAGAACCGUCAGUGUCGGUCAACUCCGAUGUGGAGAAGUCACCCCCACCUCCCUCUGAUGAGGAGGAUGACGACGGUGUCCAGAAGCGUCGCUCCAGUCGUCAGGUGAAGAGAAAGCGCUACACCGAGGAACUGGAAUUCAGGAUCUCGGAUGAGGACCAUGAUGGAGACUCCCCGGCUCCCAAGUCCCCCUCCAACAACUCUGAACAGCAGGAGGUGUUGGAGACGGAGGGGCCUGUGGUGGAGAAGAUCAUGGCCAUGCGCAUGGGGAAGAAAGAGAUGGAAUCGGGAGAGGAAAUGGAAGUGGAAGAAUUCUAUGUGAAGUUCAAGAGUUUCUCCUACCUGCACUGUCGCUGGGCAGAUCUGGAGGAGCUGGAGAAGGACAAAAGGAUCCACCAGAAGGUCAAGCGGUUCAGGGCCAAGCAGGCCCUCGCCACCUUCGUGACAGAGAUGGAUGACGAGCCUUUCAACCCGGACUAUGUUGAGGUGGACCGGGUCCUGGACGAGUCGGAGAGCACAGAUGAGAACGGCGAGCCUGUCAACCUGUACCUGGUGAAGUGGUGCUCCCUGCCCUAUGAGGACAGCACGUGGGAGCUGAAGGCCGACAUCGACCUGGCCAAGAUUGAGGAGUACGAGGCCGUGGCGGCCCGCCAGCCCGAGACCAAGCGCGUGGAGCGACCUCCCACCGACGGCUGGCAGAAAUCCGAGAGUUCCAGGGAUUAUAAAAACGACAACGCACUCAGGGAAUACCAGCUGGAGGGAGUGAACUGGCUGCUCUUCAACUGGUACAAUACACGGAACUGCAUCCUAGCAGAUGAAAUGGGCCUGGGCAAGACCAUCCAGUCAAUCACAUUCCUCUAUGAGAUCUACCUGAAGGGGAUCCACGGGCCCUUCCUGGUCAUCGCCCCCCUCUCCACCAUUCCAAACUGGGAGAGGGAGUUCCGCACCUGGACCGAACUCAACGUGAUCGUCUACCAUGGCAGCCAGGCCAGCCGCAAGACCAUCCAGGCCUACGAAAUGAACUACCGUGACGCGCAGAGUCGUGUGAUAAAGGGAGCGUACAAAUUCCAUGCGGUCAUCACCACGUUUGAGAUGAUCCUGACGGACUGCCCGGAGCUGCGCAGCGUCCCGUGGCGCUGUGUGGUCAUCGACGAGGCUCACCGCCUCAAAAACAGGAACUGCAAACUGCUCGAGGGACUCAAGAUGAUGGACAUGGAGCACAAGGUGCUGCUGACCGGAACGCCCUUGCAGAACACUGUGGAGGAGCUCUUCAGUCUGCUCAACUUCCUGGAGCCUGAACGCUUCCCCUCAGAGAACACCUUCAUGCAGGAGUUUGGCGACCUCAAGACUGAGGAGCAGGUCCAGAAGCUGCAGGCCAUCCUGAAGCCCAUGAUGCUGCGUCGUCUCAAGGAGGAUGUGGAGAAGAACCUGGCACCCAAGGAGGAGACCAUCAUCGAGGUGGAGCUGACCAACAUCCAGAAGAAGUACUACCGGGCCAUCCUGGAGAAGAACUUCUCCUUUCUGUCUAAAGGAGGACCGGGAGGAGGUGGUGGUGCAUGGGGAGGCGGAGGGGCUCAGGUCCCCAACCUGCUCAACACCAUGAUGGAGCUGAGGAAGUGCUGCAACCACCCCUACCUCAUCAACGGUGCAGAGGAGAAGAUCCUGGAGGACUUCCGCGAGAACCACCACGCCGAGAUGGCCCAGUUCCACCUGCAGGCCAUGAUCCAGGCGGCGGGCAAGCUGGUGCUGAUCGACAAGCUGCUGCCCAAGCUGAAGGCCGGGGGACACAGGGUCCUCGUCUUCUCCCAGAUGGUGCGCUGCCUGGACAUCCUGGAGGACUACCUCAUCCAGAAACGGUACCCGUAUGAGCGUAUCGACGGCCGCGUGAGGGGUAACCUCCGGCAGGCUGCGAUCGACCGCUUCUCUCGACCGGACUCUGACCGCUUUGUCUUCCUGCUGUGUACCCGGGCCGGAGGCCUGGGCAUCAACCUGACUGCUGCAGACACCUGCAUCAUCUUUGACUCGGACUGGAACCCCCAGAAUGACUUACAGGCCCAAGCCAGAUGCCACAGGAUUGGCCAGAGUAAGGCAGUGAAGAUCUAUAGACUGAUCACCAGGAACUCCUAUGAGAGAGAGAUGUUUGACAAGGCCAGCCUCAAGCUGGGCCUUGACAAGGCUGUGCUGCAAUCCAUGAGUGGCCGAGAGAACGCAGCCAAUGGGGUGCAGCAGCUGUCGAAGAAGGAAGUGGAGGACCUCCUCCGCAAAGGAGCUUACGGAGCUCUGAUGGAUGAGGAGGACGAGGGCUCGAAGUUUUGCGAGGAAGACAUUGACCAGAUCCUCCAGAGACGAACCCAGACCAUCACCAUUGAGUCCGAGGGCAAGGGGUCCACCUUCGCCAAGGCGAGCUUCGUGGCCGCUGGGAACAGGACGGACAUUUCCCUGGAGGACCCGGACUUCUGGCAGAAGUGGGCCAAGAAGGCGGAGCUCGACAUGGAUGCCAUCAAUGGACGGAACACCCUGGUAAUUGACACUCCGAGGGUACGGAAGCAGACACGCCACUACAGCUCAAUGAAGGAGGACGAGUUGGCGGAGUUCUCCGAGCUGGAGAGCGACGGCGAGAACGAGAAGCCCUUGACCAAACCCAGGCGGCCACAGGACCGAGCCCAAGGGUACCCCCGCAGCGAGUGCUUUAGGGUGGAGAAGAACCUUCUGGUUUAUGGGUGGGGUCGCUGGGGAGACAUCCUGUCCCACGGGCGUUUCAAGCGGCCCCUGCGGGAGCAAGACGUGGAGACCAUCUGCCGUGCCCUGCUGGCCUACUGCCUGCUGCACUACCGUGGCGACGAGAACAUCAAGAGCUUCAUCUGGGACCUCAUCACGCCCACCGAGGACGGACAGAGCCGCACGCUCACCAACCAUUCCGGUCUGUCUACUCCAGUACCACGGGGUCGUAAGGGGAAGAAGGGGAAACCAGCCCCGCCUGCCCCUCCCCAGCUCCCCAGGGCAGAGUGGCUGGCCAGCUGUAACCCUGACCUGCUACUGCAGGAGGACAGCUACAAGAGACACCUCAAACACCACUGUAAUAAAGUUCUCCUGAGGGUCCGUAUGCUCUACUAUCUGCGACAGGAAGUCAUCGGUGACCAAGCCGACCGGAUCCUAGAGGGAACAGACUCAAGUGAAAUGGAUAUCUGGAUCCCUCAGCCUUUCCACGCCGAGGUCCCUGCCGAUUGGUGGGACAGCGAGUCGGACAAAUCGCUCCUCAUCGGCGUCUUCAAACACGGCUAUGAGAAGUAUAACUCGGUGCGUGCCGACCCUGCGCUGUGUUUCUUGGAGCGGGUGGGCAUGCCUGAUGCCAAGGCCAUCGCUGCAGAGCAGAGGGGGGCGGACAUGAUGGCAGAUGGUCCGGAGGGAGAGGAUGAGGACCCAGAGUACAAGCCUCUCCGCAUGCCCUUUAAAGAUGAGAUGGAUGACUUCACUAACUCUCCCCUUGAUGACAAAGAGGAAGCUAUGGAUGUUGAGAGUGGUGAAUCUAAACCAGGUGAGAAUGGAGCAGGCAGCAGAGGGGCGGGUCGUCUGUACUGGCCGGCAGCCUCGGCCCUCACCGCUAGACUCCGCCGCCUCAUCACUGCCUACCAGCGCACGCACAAACGAGAGCAGCUCCGCCAGGAGGCCAUGGCCCGGCCCGACGGCCGCCGCCGCCGGCGGCCCCGAGAACAGCUACUCUCCAUGGUCACAGAUGGAGGGGCCUACGUGCAUGAGGGCGGAGCCUUCAUGGCAGAGGGCAGUCCUUAUAUGGCCAAGGGCGGAGCGUUCAUUCCUGAGGCGACGGCUCUCCUGGCGGAAGGAGGGGCCUUCUUCAAAGAGAGGCGUCAAAGGUGGACCAGGCGUGAGGAAGCCGACUUUUACCGCGUGGUGUCCACGUUUGGCGUGAUCUAUGACACGGCCCGUCAGCGCUUUGACUGGACCCAGUUCAGGGCCUUCGCCCGUCUGGACAAGAAGACUGACGAGAGCCUGGAGAAGUACUACUUCUCCUUCGUGGCCAUGUGCAAACGGGUGUGUCGCAUGCAGGUCAAGACCGACACAGAGCUCCCAGACCCCACCCUGAUCAUUGACCCCAUCACGGAGGAGCGCGCAUCACGCACCCUUUACCGCAUCGAGCUGCUGCGCCGCAUCCGCGAGCAGGUGUUGCCCCACCCCCUGCUGGGCGAGCGCCUGCGCCUCUGCCAGCCCAGCUCUGACCUGCCGGAGUGGUGGGACUGCGGCAGGCACGACCGCGACCUCCUCCUGGGCGCCUCCAAGCACGGCGUGAGCCGCACCGACUACCACAUCCUCAACGACCCAGCCUUGGGCUUCCUUGAGGCCCACAGGAAGUUCACCAAAGGGGGAUCGGCUGGGGCGCCUCAGCCGCCCCGCGAUGGUGCUCCCUCUACUGCCUCUGAGCAGGCCGCUGCUGAGAAACCCUCCCAUGUCAAAGAGGAGGAGGAGGAGGAAGGCAAGGUGGUGAAAGAGGAAGGUGACAACGACCUUCCAUGUACUAAAGCCGAGAAACAAGACGAGCAGGAAGGCAAGGACGAAGAGAUGGAGGGAGAGAAAGAAGAGAAGGCUGCGUCUCCCAAGAAGGAGUUGAACGAAGAGAAAGCGAAGGAGGAGGGAGAGGACCUAAAAGACGAGGAAGACCAAGAACUGAAGGAGGAGAAAAUGGAGGUCAACGGGGAUGCUGAUGGAGAGACUUCCAAGGAGGCCGAACCUGAGAAAGAAGACCCUCCCAAUGAGGACGUCGGGGACCAGGACAAGAAUCCGGAAUUCCAGGAGAGACCGGAGUCUUCCAAAGCAUCGGAAGACCAGGAAACCAAGAAGGAGAAAGGUGGGAGUCCCGCCAAGUCUCCCAAAUCUCCCAAUCCAGUGGCUGAGAAAGGCCCCGAAGAGGAGGAUGAGGAGAAGAUGGAGGAAGACGACAAGUCUGAGAAGUCGUCUCAAGCUGAAGUUGGUGCCACCUCUGAGCAGAAGAACUUUGACGAGGAGAGCAAUGCCUCACUGAGCACCACGGCCAGAGACGAGACCCGCGAUGGGUUCUGCCCCGAGGAUGGAGAACCCUCAGCCAUCCAGAGAACCUUCUCCUUCUCUUUCUGGCCAAAGGAUCGCGUGAUGAUCAAUCGCAUGGACAACAUCUGCGAGGCGGUCAUCAAGGGCAAGUGGCCCGCCAACCGCCGUCAGUUCUUCGACAUCCCGGGCCUGUUGCCUGGAUACCCUGGCCCCAUGGCGUUAGAAAGCCCCCAGCAGAGGCGCGGCCUGGCCGAGCUGUCGAUGGUGGCGGCUGCUCAGACGAGCUUCAGUGGCAGCGAGGACCUCACCCUCUCGCCACAGGUUAACGAGGAUGCUCUGAGCAUGUCGUUGCCAAAGCAGCGUCGUCGCAGGCGGAGAAAGGUGGAGAUUGAGGCGGAGCGCGCCGCCAAGCGAAGGAACCUGAUGGAUAUGGUGGCUCAGCUCAGAGAGUCUCACCAACCUGAGUCCCAGAGCCAGGCCAUGGACCUCACCAAGGGCAUGCAUCACCACAAGGCAGCGUCGUCCCUGGCGGGCUACUCCAGCAGCAGCAUGGUGCCUUCUGCUACCCUCAAGGCUCAGAUGGAGCUGCUACAGGCGGCCACGCCUUCCAGACAUAGGGCCAAUGGCUCAUUGGCCGAUGCCGACCUGCCCACCCGGAGGAGACGAGGCCGCAGGAAAAAUGUGGAGGGGCUAGAGCUGCUGUUUAUCAACAACAAGAGAGGAGCCACGGAGGAUUCCGAGGGGACCAAAGCGUCGGUGGAGGGGGUGCAGAUGCCCCCACGUUCCUACCGCCACAACAUUCCCAGUCCCAGCGCAUCCGCCCGCGUCCCCUCUGUCAGCGCUAUAGAGGACGGGGACGCUGGUACCCCCUCUGACAAGGACCUGAGGGACUGGCUCAGACAGCACCCCACGUACACAAUGGACAUGCCUACUGCAUACACACCAAAGAGUGAGGAGUUGCUCCUCUCCUCCCAGUUCCCCAAACCCAAGCAGAAGCGGCACCGCUGCCGAAACCCCAACAAGAUCGACAUCAACACUCUCACCGGAGAAGAGAGGGUUCCCGUGGUCAACCGGAGAAACGGCAGAAAGAUGGGUGGAGCCAUGGCGCCGCCCAUGAAGGAACUGCCCCGAUGGCUCCUGGAGAACCCAGAGUUUGCCAUCGCUCCUGACUGGACCGACAUUGUCAAGCAAUCGGGCUUCCUCCCUGAGGCCAUGUUUGACCGUCUCCUGACGGGGCCCGUGGUGCGCGAGGAGGGCGUCCGUCGUCGGGGGAGACGCCCCAAAUCGGAGAUCGCCAAGGCGACGGCGGCUGCCGCGGCAGCUCAGGCCCAGGCUGCAUCGUCCGGGGGCCUGAACCCUCUGCUGAUGAAUGGUCUGUUUGGAGGAAUGGACCUCACCAGCCUGCAGGGCCUACAGAGCUUCCAGAGUCUUCAGCUGCAGCUCAUGGGCUUCCCCGGCAUGGGGGGGGCUGACUCUAAACACGCCUCAGCCAUGCUGCCUCUCAUGCUGCCUGGUAUGGCUGGUAUGGGCGGCCUGCCAAACAUGUUUGGCCUGGGAGGCCUGUUCGGAAAUAACCUCGCCGCUGCCUCGGCUGCAGCCACGCCCGCUGCAGCCUCCAACGGCACCAAUGACGAGGGCGAUUCGGACGAGACGUCAAAGAGAGACGACGGGGAGGGCGGAGAAGAGGGGGAUGAGGAGAAGGACACUGGGGUGGAGUCGAGCGAGGCUAACAGGGACGCCGUGGCUCUGAACGCAGCCGCUGCCGCAAUGGCCGCCUCCGGCAUGUCGGCCAGCUCCCUGGCCUUCAACCCUUUCCUGCUGUCCACCAUGGCCCCUGGGCUCUUUUCCCCCUACAUGUUCCUGCCCCCUGGCCUGGGAGGUCUCACUAUGCCUGGCUUCCCCCCCACCACCCUGGCUGACCUGCAGAGCGCCAUGGCUGGAGCCAUGGGGGCUGCUUCUGGAGCUCAGGGCCAGGAGAAGGAGCCCAGCCAGGCUGGCCCUGCCCCGGACCGCCCUGCCGCCGCUACCGCAGACCCAGAGACAGCCGACGACAGUGACUCAGCAGAGAGCCUGGAGAAGACGGCCGAGUCGUCUGCCCUAGAAGACGAGGCCUCCGCAUUGGCUGAGGAAGCCGACUCGCCGCAAGACCUAGCAGCCGAGGAUGAGGAGGAAGGAGAGGAUGCCCCUGAGAAGAGUGACUGAAACUAAACUGGCCUUUGACCCCCUCCCCUCCCCCCCAGUGCUCUCAUGACACGUUUACACACCAACUUGAUAUCCAAAUUAGUUUUUUUGUUUUAUUUGUCUUUGUUUCUUUUACAGGUAAAAAUGAAAAUCAGGGAGAGUAUACGUAACUAAAAGGCUCUCACUGUAGCGUUAAUAGCGUAGUCAGGGAAAAAGCAAACUGAACUAGAGUUUUGCAGAUGUCAAAAGGGUGUUAUUUUUGGUCUUUGUGCUCUCUGAACAGUGCAUACUAGAUGAGAUGGAACAUUUCCUCCGAAAUAUUAUUAUAGGAAUUAAUCGUUCCAAUAGUGCUAUGCUGCUUUUCUGUUUCUGUAUUUUUUUAUUUUUUUUUACUCUCUUGAUAUUGUGAAAUUAAGUAGCAUCUCGUAACUCUCCAUUGGCGUACAAUUUAACGGCAUUAAGCGUCUAUAUGCUGCUGAUGAAAAGGAUCUUGUUGAAUUUUUUUUCUUUUUUUUUGCUGUUGUACUGUUCUGCCUUGAAGAGCAGGAUGAAGUCCUCACAUAUCAGAUGGCCUAAUAAUCUGACUGUUCCCAGUCUCUCACACUGAUCUCCCACACAAGUCUACACACACCCGACUGUUUCUUCCUGUAGUCUUACACACUAACAAUCCAAUCUCUGACUCUUCCCCGUCUCAAUCGGACGGUCUUACCCUCAUCCACCGUUCCUCUCCCAGUCUAUGAAUCGACCCCGUUACCCUUCUCAGUCAAACUCUUCCCAGUUCUAGUUUUCUGCCACCUACUACUACUACUACUACUACUAACACCCAUAUUGUCUGACUCUUCCAAGUCACACUCGUUAUAGAAACUGUUUUCCAGUCUCACACACUGAUGGCCCUGACUCUCCUGACUGUUUUUAGUCUGACACACUGACAAAGCCAAGCAGGGGAGAGACCUCUCUUCCACAACGCGGAAGGAGACAGCAAUAACCUAAGGCAGCUUUUGAAUGUCUCAAACAUCGCUCUCCCAUUAAAACACAACCACAAGUGUCGGUGAAAAAGAGAAACUAAAUCGCAUAUAAACGAUGACAUGAAAAAGUACUGCAAUCAAUUUGUCUCACACUAUCCCUGUUGAUGCACUGGUGUAAGAGUAAAAUAAUCAGGUACCUUUAUUAGAACUAUUGAAUGGGCUUUUUGUUACUUUUAGCCACCAAGCUGAAAUGCAUUACCUCAAUUCUAACUAGCCUUGAAGUUUACAGACAUAAGUUGUAAAUGUAUUCUUUGUCUUUUUUUCUUUAUUUUUUUUCCUUUUACAUCAUGUAUGAUGAACUGUAGUUAUGAUGCUUUUAAUAAAAGUGAAUCAUGAUAUUCGCCUAGGAAACCAAACCCGGAGUGCUUGUUGACCAGUUUUUUUUAUUUUUAAUUGGAUGUUAAAUGUACAUGUCUAUUUUGAGUGUUAAAUGACCUUGGUUGAUUCAUGGUGGUGAAGUUAUUACCCCCAGAAUAGGAAAAUAAAGGCUUUUUAAGUGCAGAUGGACAUAUUUUUGCCACAUGUGAUAUCUACUAACAAUUCAAUAAAAUCCACUACAAUUAA